AUGGCCGCAAACAGCAACAGCGACCCAGCCAGCAGGAGACCAUCCAACACACACCAGUCGAACCUCUCCAGCCAGCUCGCCGACCUCCGCCAGUCCUACCACCAAGCAGGCGCAACCCCACCCAUCCAGAACAUCCCCCCCGCAGCCAGCAACACCGAGAACACCAGAAACUCAUUCUCAUCAGCAUCCCCCCUCGCCAGCCACAACAGGACCAACAGCAGCAGCAACAGCCACCGGAAUAUCCACGACCUCCAGCAGCUCACCAGGAACUCCUCGUUCAGCGCGCCCCAUGUCCCCUUCACAUCCUCCUCGUUCAAGUCCAUCUCCCGGUUCCCCCCCUCGCCCUCGAUCGACCAGCAGCAGCCCGGCAACUCGCAUCGAGAGUCGCUCAUCGAAGACCUCACCGACCAGCAGAAGGCGCAGAUCGUCCGCCGCCAUCUGAUGACCAAGGACGAGCAGGAGGCCGCCCGUCGGGUGCAGGAGGACCCCGCGAGCGGCUCCCAGCUCAGGCCCGGCUCGAUCCGCAGCACCUCCCAGACCUCCGCGGGCUCCCCUGACCAUCGCUCCACCAUCGCUGCCACCGACCAGGCCUCCCUGCUCCUCAACGACGACGACGCCUACCCCACCCCGUUCCAUCUCCAAGGCGGGGACAUCCACCAUGCCGUCUACAAGUGGGCCAACCGGCAGCAGCAGCAGAUGCCCAGCACGAGCCAGCUCCCCAGCGACCCCCGCUUCAAUAGCCUCGCACUCAACCGCACCCGCUCCGUCUCCAUGUCCGGAAGCCUCCGGCCCUCGGAAAUCGGCGUCGGCUUCUCCUCCAAUCCGGCUGCCCUCGAUCAUCCCGCUGACGACUCGCCCAACCUCGUCUACAAAGACAUCAUGCAGCCCGGCGGAUUCAGGCGGGCCUUCUUGCACCAGAAACGGGCUGCCAUCGGGAAGCCGUACGAGCCGAGCGACGGGAGACGGUUCACCAAGAGCUUUAUCGAUUUCCUGUCGCUCUAUGGCCAUUUUGGCGGCGAAGAUCUCGAGGAAAUUGACGAGGGAGAAGAGGCGGCGUUCCGGGCCUUGCGGCGGGUGACGACGCUAGAGGAGGGCUCAUCAUCGUCGCUCGAAGACGAGGAGGAUGAUGAAGAAGAAGAGGAGGAGGGAGAGCAGAGCAACUUGCUAGGGCGACCGGGGGGCCGAGCGACUCGGAGAGGAGGAGGAGGUGCAGGGUCGAAGAAGAAGAAGUCGAAAGCGGGCCCCUCGAGCAGGUAUCCCGGCUUCCAGGACGGCAGCAACGGCGACGCGAGCGUCACCCAGGCCGUCUUCAUGCUCCUCAAAUCCCUCGUCGGCACCGGCGUCCUCUUCCUCGCUAAAGCCUUCGCCAACGGCGGCCUCCUCUUCUCCAUACUCACCCUCGUCCUCAUCUCCAUCGUCUCCCUCUACGCUUUCGUCCUCCUCGUCGAAACUCGCUUGCAAAUCCCCGGCGGAUUCGGCGAGAUUGGAGGGAUUCUGUAUGGCCCAUGGUGUCGUCGAACGAUUCUGUUUUCACUAGUGAUUUCGCAGAUCGGAUUUGUGGCAGCCUACACGAUAUUCAUAGCGCAGAACCUGCAAGCGUUUGUAUUAGCGGUGACGGACUGUCGGAGUUAUGUUCCGAUCUGGGUGUUGAUCUUUGGCCAAGUGGUGGUGUAUCUUCCGUUGGCGAUGAUCCGGAACAUCCAGAAGCUGUCGGGCACGGCCUUGGUCGCCGACGCCUUCAUCCUCGUCGGCCUGCUCUACGUCUUCGGCUUCGAGCUCCAUUCGAUCUUCACUAAGGGCGUUGCGCCUAUCGUCAUGUUCAACCAGGAAAGCUUCCCGCUGUUGAUCGGCACGGCCGUGUUCACGUUCGAAGGAAUCGGUCUAAUCAUUCCGAUCACCGAGAGCAUGAAAGAGCCCCAGAAGUUCCCCGCAGUCCUGGCCGGAGUGAUGCUUGCACUGACGGUGCUCUUUGCGAGUGCGGGCGCAUGGGGAUAUGCGGCCUUUGGACCAGACGUCCAGUCGGUCGUCUUGCUCAAUCUCCCCCAAGACAACCGGUUCGUGAAUGCGGUCCAGUUCCUGUACUCGAUGGCCAUCAUGCUCUCGACGCCCCUGCAGCUCUUCCCUGCCGUCCGGAUCAUGGAAAACGGCCUCUUCCAGGCCAGCGGCAAGUACUCCAACCACGUCAAGUGGAAAAAGAACUCCUUCCGCACGCUCACUGUUUUUGGCUGUGCGGUGAUCGCGUGGAUGGGCGCGGCCGACCUGGACAAGUUCGUCUCGCUCAUCGGCUCCAUGGCCUGUGUGCCUCUCUGCUUCUGCUACCCCGCCAUGCUGCAUUACCGCGCCAUCGCUAAGACGCCUCGCCAGAAAUUCCUCGACAUCUGUCUCUUCCUCUUCGGCUGCUUUGCGGCCGUCUACACCUCCUACCAAACCUUGGUGAUGAUCUUCGCGAGCGCCCCGGCUAGUCCCGAUGCUUCCAAGCCGCCCCAGGUCGGUAACUGCGUCGUUCCGUGA